AUGGCGGCCCUUUACGUGACUGCAGUUCGAACUCUCCGGACUCGGAGCCCGAUUUUCCUCGCCCCUCGGCGAUUCCAGUCCGCUCUGGCCUCCAUGAAGGAGAUCCUGGGUGGUGAGUUGGAGGGUAUCCGCCAGGCCGGGACGUGGAAGACUGAGCGCGUGAUUACCUCUCCGCAGGCAGCCAACAUCACGGUGCAGGGGACCGAGGGGAACAUCCUCAACUUCUGCGCAAACAACUACCUGGGCCUGUCCUCCAAUCCUGAGGUUAUAGCAGCCGGUAAAACAGCGUUAGACACCCAUGGAGCAGGUCUCAGUUCGGUUCGCUUCAUCUGCGGGACACAGGACAUCCACAGGGAGCUGGAGCAGAAGAUAGCAAAAUUCCAUGGAAGGGAGGACGCCAUCCUGUAUAUCAGCUGUUUUGACGCCAACGCGGGGAUUUUCGAGGUCCUGUUGGGACCGGACGACGCGGUGAUCUCAGACGAGCUCAACCACGCCUCGAUCAUCGACGGGAUCCGACUGUGCAAGGCCCAGAGGUUCAGGUACAAACACAAGGACAUGCAGGACCUAGAGUCCAUCCUGCAGCAGACACAGGGCUGUCGGAUGAGACUGGUCGUCACUGACGGCGUGUUCAGCAUGGACGGGAACGUCACCCCGCUGCGGGAGAUCUGUGACCUUGCCGACAAGUACAACUCCAUGACCUUCAUCGACGAGUGCCACGCCACCGGCUUCUUGGGAGCCACUGGGAGGGGAACAGAAGAGUUCCUGGGAGUAGAUGGGAGAUGCACCAUCAUCAACUCUACUCUGGGCAAGGCAUUGGGAGGGGCUGCAGGUGGUUACACCGCAGGACCCAAGGAGCUGGUGACCUUGCUGAGACAGAGGUCGCGACCUUACCUGUUCUCCAACACCCUCCCGCCCCCUGUGGUGGCCUGCGCCAGUAAAGUGUUCGACCUUCUGAUGCAGGGAGAGGCCGACCUGCCAAGGAAAGUGGCCGAGAACACAGCAAGGUUCCGUGAGAAAAUGGUGGCUGCGGGGUUCACCAUUGCCGGGGACAACCACCCCAUCUGCCCGGUGAUGCUGGGCGACGCCCGCCUCGCUUCCGAGAUGUCAGACGCUCUGCUGAAGCGUGGGAUCUACGUGAUUGGCUUCAGCUAUCCGGUGGUUCCGAAGGGCAAGGCGCGAAUCCGUGUCCAGAUCUCCGCUGUGCACAGCUUUGAGGACAUCGACCGAACCGUGGACGCCUUCAUCGACGUGGGGAAACAGUUUGGGGUGGUUUCGUAAUGAGGGAGAACUUUCCCGAUGGCCAAAAUAGAAACCAAACAUAGGCCACACCAAUUUAACUUGUUGGUUCUCGGAUUUUGCAUUGAUAGAUUGAAAAACAACUCAAAAAGAGAAGGGACUUCCUUUAAUUUUUGGGGCCAAAAUAUGAGCAUUUUUGAGUUGAUUCAGAGCCUGAAUUUUUUUUUGCAAAUCAGAAAAAAAUGAAGCGGGAACCAACAAAUUAAAUUGGUGUGGCCUUAUCAAAAUAUAUCAUGUGAAAGUGUAGAGGAAUUGUUUUUAAAAUCAGUGCAAUUGUGGCCUUUUUGGAGCAUAAUACAUGCAGUUAGUCUGCACGCCUACUUAAUAUAUGCCACUGAUUGAAAGACAAUUCUACGCACAAUUCUCUGGAAUUGUGAACUUAAUAGGACCAUUCAGAUACUUCUCAACAAGAGAACUGCAAUUAUUAUCAUGGUACAAUGUGUCUGUCAUCGGCAAGUCAAGUUAAUUUAGCGAACACUUACUAGUAAUCCACAUGCCUGGGAAUUAAAAGAAAUCAAGUAAGGAAUGUCGACAUUUCAGUGAGAAAACCUGUAAAUUGUAAAUGUACGCUGCAGCAUAGACAAACAAGAAAUUAUGCUGUAUAAUGUAUAAACUACGAUGUACUUAAAACAAACUUUGCAGUCUUCCGAGAUUGUUUGAAUGAUCAACCUAUCAAAUAAAUUGGUAGAAAAU